AGUGACCGGACCGGCUUCCCCCAAAGAAGAAUGGGAAGUUAGUUGGACUUUGGUUCCGGACCGGAUCAGGGUUCUAAAUGAAGGCCGUGAUUCUCGCCGCCGGGUUCGGAACCAGACUGCAGAGGGACGUCUCCUCUGAUGCCAGCGGCAGGUUCGGCCACCUGAUCGGGGUUCCGAAGCCGCUGCUGCCGGUGGCUCAGUGUCCGCUGAUCAGCUACUGGAUCCGGGCUCUGAGGCGCUCCGGAACCGCGGACGGGAUCUAUGUGGUGACCAACGCUCUGCACCACGCUGCCUUCCAGCAAUGGGCCGAAGAGUUUCCAGACGUCCAAGUCCUGUGUGACCAGACCAGAACCAAUGAGGAGCGUCUGGGCGCCGUGGCCUGCCUGCAGCUGGCUGUCAGACACUUCCACAUCCGGGACCGAGUCAUGGUUAUCGGGGGUGACACGCUUUUCAGGGAGGACUUCAGUCUGCGGGCGGUGGAGCAGAGAGUCUGUGAGCUGCAGGCGGAGAGCGAGGACAGCUGCCUGGUCCUUUCUUAUCGGUGCCGAGACCAAGAGACCCAGAAGUACGGGAUCCUGGAAGUGGAGGAGAACCUCCGCGUUCGCUGUAUGAAGGAGAAGCCGCAGCCCUCAGAGACAGAGUCCAGGAGAGCGUGUCCGUGUUUCUACGUGUUCUCCAGUAGCAGCUUUCCUCUGCUCCACGCCUUCCUGGAGGAGAAGAAGGACGCUCCGAUCGAGGCCAGAGACGCUCCGGGGAACUUUGUCUCCUGGCUCAUUCCCAGGAAACCGGUCUAUGUUCUGGAGGUUUCGGGUCGCUUUGACGUGGGGAACCUGCCGUCCUACCUGGAAUGUGACCGCUACUUCAGGGAGGAGCUCCAGGAGGUCCAGUCCUACAUGGUGUAGGAGAACCGGACCAGAACCUUCUGCAAUAAAAUGAUCCAGAACCUUCUGUAAUAAAAUGAUCCAGAACCUUCUGUAAUAAAAUGAUCCAGAACCUUCUGCAAUAAAAUGAUCCAGAACCUUCUGUAAUAAAAUGAUCCAGAACCUUC